CUUCUUUUAUACUUGAUAGAGAGUAGAUAUAAUAAAAGAAAAAACAGCAUGGCCCAAGGGAAGAUGAAAGUGAAGAAUGCUAACAUUCAGAAGAAAGCAAAACACUCGAAAAAAGUUUUAGGACCUAAAAAAGGAGGAAAAAGAAAAAUAGCACCCAAGAAAACACAGAAAGUCAAAGAACAGAAACUAAAAUUGCACUUGCAAAAAUCGAUUAAUCAUACAAUUGAAAUUGAAUUGGCACAGAAAGCAGGAGGCGGUAAUUUCUCUGUUUUAAAGGUACCUAAAAAAGCAAGUGAAAAGAAAGCAAAGGAAAAGACAAAGAAAUAAAAUGUAUUUUUUGAAUGGUUGGAUAAGGGUACCAAUUAAAAACUGGCCAGCUUGUGAUUUGUGCAGGAGCAGUAACCAAAUGUUAAGGUACCCAUAUACUCGCUUUUUAAAAGUCACCUGUUUCGGAUUUGUGACCACAGAUAUGGUCACGUGAGUUGGUCACGUGAGUUGGUCACGUGAGUUAGGAGGCUAAAAUAAGAAAGCUUAUUGCUUUUUUACGCACGUGAAUAAAAAAUUGAAUUAUUAGAACAUGAAUUUUUUAUAUGCACCAGGAAUAUUAAUUUGAUAUUUAUAUGUUUUACUGUAAACAUUUAAGAAUAUAUGUAAAGAGUGGAAAUUAAAUUGAUUUUUCUUUAACCUCGAAUGUUCUUAAGCGCAAAAUAUAUCUGCGGAAAUAGAUUUAGCUUGUUGAUUUUUUUUUCUUAUUCGUUUUUUCUUUAUUUUUGAUAAACCAGCUCUGUUCUUGCUGUGGGAAAUAACAUGUUUUGCUGCCAUGAAAAUUUAACCUGUUUAAUCAAUGAGCGACCUUUAUCCAUUGUCAAAGUUAGUUAAAAGCUUUUAGACGUUUAAAAUGAAUGGUACACUCGAAUAUUUAAUCUUCUAGUGCAAUAUAAUAAAAGAAUGAGGCGCUAAAACAUUGAAAAUGUUAUUUAUCAUAUUUUCCCUCGCUGCACCAGCUUAUGUUGAUAAAUAACAAAACGUGUGGAACAUGUCUGAAAAGGUAAAUUGCUUUUUGUUCAUCAUGCAAAAUAUUUGUGGAAAGCAAAGCCCUUUUAAUUUUUGGCGUCAAAAUUAAUUCUCGCGAAAUUUAAACAAUUUUCCCCUCACUAUAUCUAAUACAUAAAUUCAAACUUUACAACAGUCUUUAUUUUAUGGUUUUUUUACAUUAAAGACUUUGGAACACAGUAUAAAUUGAAAGAGAAAUGUUAAAUCCCUUUUUUGCAAAAUUCGUGAAACUUAAUUUAUGCGAAAUAUUAGGACUUGAUAGGUCUUUUUUGCCAAAAUUAAAGGUUGCCAAUUGUAUUCUCAUGCUAAACGUUCUUAGUCAACAGGAUCGUUUAUACUUUAGUGUCCAUGACGUUUAAUGUAUGUAAAAAAGAGAAUUGGUGUUAAUUUCUUCUUCAACCCAAUGUUUGUAUUUAUUUAUUGUUUUACUGCGCGUACAACUCAUCACUAGGUUUUGCCGCAUACCAUUUGAAGUAGGUGACUAUUCUUGCUGUGUAAACACAGAACAAUCGUACGAAAAAUUUUAUUUACACCAAGUUGCAUACAAUAACAAAAAUUUUUCAACGAAUAACUCAUAUUUUUCUAAAAUUCAAUUUUGAAAUCAACCACGCUUUACAUCUUUAAUAGCUUUAAAAAACAGAGGGCAAUAAGAGAUGUACUUUCACAGCUAAUUUGCAGAAAGUUGAGAAAGUUAAGAGUAAAUUUAUUAUAAGUUUGUCUCCUGCCGACAAGUAUUUAGGUAUAAAAAGGGUUAAACUCUAUAAUUUACAAAAAAAACUCCCAAAGUUAUAAAACAUUCUGGCUCGCCCUAAUGUCUCUAUAAAGAAAAGUCGGGUACACUCGCAAUAUAGCGUAAGUGAGAAUGAAAAACAAACGUGUAAAUUAUUCUUACUCAUGCUGAUUAGAAAAAAAAAAUUGACGAAGUGAGGAGUCUAUGGAGAGUUUCCCCAGAACAAUUUUGUAUAAUUUCCUCAACAUAUUUUAGCCUAAAACGUAUAGAAAUAUACCGUCCCAAUAUAUACGAGGUUGCCUAGCAACAAACUACAGUUUUUGAUGUGUUAAAAAAAUUGAUGAAAGCACUAGAGAGAUGAAAAUAUGUUCAUCUUAAUUUGUUAUAAGCAGUGUGAGAUGACUCUCGUGUGUAGAUGUUGAAAAAAUGCAGUUUUUUUAAAGAUUGUCCAUAAUUGAUUUUUAUUGGGCGAGUGUACUAUGCAUUCCAACAAAAAGAGGUUUAAAAAUGCUAGCCUUGCAGUGAUCGCACUCUCCAGGUUCCAAGAUAAGGAGCGUCCUUAUUUACUACCGACAGAGAAAAGUUUGCUCAGUGUGGUCAUGGAAGGAGAACAGUCCGAAUAUAAAAAAUUUUUUUCAAGAAAUACUGACGAUUUACCAGCAAUGUCUGCCGCUAUGGAGGCGGUAAUGAGAGACAUGCGAGGGAAUUCGAAUACGGCUGCCAUUUUGGAAAAAAAUCCAUCGUUACGUCAGAAAGAAUCCCCGCGUCGUUAUUUUCUUCCACCAAUCACAACAUCCAAACCAGGAACAUUAACCAAUAGCGGUCAAUCCCAUUGUUCGAUGGAAAAAAUUACUGAAGAUGAAAAUGAAGCGAAUGGGAAUGACAGUGAUAACGGUGUGCGUACAGACGCAUCAACGGAAUUACAUGGCAGUAGUUUAUCCGCUGAAAAGAAAAAUAAUAUUUCAAAGCAUGGACGCACAAAGGGCGUUAGCGGUGAAAAUACAUCGGUUCCUCGCAGAAAAGUUUCUGUUACAAGUAAAACAGAGAAGUUGUUGAAACGAAGCGAUGCUUUAGAAGUUAAACUCACUUCGUAUCAAAACGAACUGGACAAAUCACAAGUAAAUAGAAAACUCUCAAAAUCUAAUAAGACAGUAGGGAAAGCAUUGCUACAAAACAGAAGGUAGCAUUGUAGGGAAGGAUUCCCAGGCACUGUUUUUAUUUUCUAAGUUUGUAAUUUCUUCUAUAAUUGUAUUUCUUUAUUACAGGCAUGUUUAGAAUUUUAUAAAAAAUUUGCAACAAAUUUUGUCGAUUAUUUACAAAAGAAUUACAGAACUCAAAAUUUAAAAAAAGUUUGUGAGGUAAUAUUUGUUUGUUUGUUUGUUUGUUUUAUGCAUAUGGAAUUUUAUGUUUUUAUAUUGUAUAUUUUAUUACUUUUUAUAUACAAAAAACUUAAAUAA